AUGUCGACCGACGACCGACGGGACGUCUUUGCGCGACUCCACGUGAGCCCGCGCAAGGCCGCCGCGCCGCACCGGUCGUACUCGCUCACCGUCCUCCACCUCUCCCCGCCCAAGCCGGCGCCCGCCGCCGCCGCGUCGGUGCGAAUCUCGCUCGAAGGCGACCUGAACGACCCCCACACGCUACUUCGAGCUGUGUUUCAACACUAUGCGACCAGCCGGGCGAGCCCGCGCCGCAUGGAGCCGGCCACCAUGGAUGGCGUCGGCUUUGCAAGGUUCUGCCGCGCGUGUCCCGGGCUCGUCGGCCGCAACUUUGGCUCUGUCGACAUUGACUUGACGUUCGCCAAGGUCAAGCCGCGCGGCGACCGGCGCGUUCCGUACGCGCUUUUCGUCGAGGCCAUUGGGCUCGUGGCGCUCAAAAAGCACCCGGACAAGACGCUCGAGACGGCGAUGCGGACGCUUCUCGAUGUGCACAUUGCGACGCUGCCCAACCUCGACGCGCGCCCACUCAAGGUGUCGACGACACAAGCGCCGCUCGUCUCGCGCGCGCUCUCGGACGCCGCCGCCCAAGCCGACAAGGUGCGCGCCUCGCUGCACCAGCUGCAGCGCCAAGUGCAGGCCCUCGAGCUCGAGGCGCAGAAACCAUCGCCGCCCGACGACCCGCAUGCAAUCACCGACCGCAUCAAGUUUGCCGACAUGCUCCACGACGAACUGCAAGGGCUCCUCGACGCUGUGCCAAAGUCGGUCAGUGCGCGUGUCGGGCUCGUCAAGGCCGUCGACGCCGCGGCGAGCGAGCUCGAAGGCGCGGUGCGUGCGGUUGCCAAGGCCCAAGUCGCGUGGCUAGCCAAACGCCCGCCGUCGCCACCACAGCGCCGCCAGAGCGUACCUGCCUCUGCGCUCGCCACGUACAUUUCAACGCGCGUCAAGGUCCUCGAGAAGCGGACGAGUCCCAGCAAGGCAGCGAUUGCGCGCGUGCACCUUCAAGUCGACCGAGUCGCCGAGGACGACGACGACGAUGCGUGGAACCCGUUCGCGUCCAUCUUUCCUGGCCUUGAUGGCAAUGAAUAG